CGAUUGUGUGUUAAUGCGUCCAUUGGAUGCUAGCUAGUAAGCGGUAAGCCUCCAUGUGUGGUGCGUGUUGAGAAGAUUGAAGCAGAUGCUAGGAACAAUGUGAAGGUGCAUUGUCGAUGGUAUCACCGUCCUGAAGAUUCACUCGGGGGAAGGAGACAGUUCCAUGGAGCCAAAGAGCUCUUCUUGUCUGAUCAAUAUGAUGUUCAAAGUGCACACACCAUUCAAGGGAAAUGUAUCGUUCACACCUUUACCCCUGAUGUAGAUUCGAGUAUAAAGCUGCUACUGGUGCAUUUACCCCUGAUCGAGUUGCUGUGUACUGCAAAUGUGAAAGGACGUAUAACCCAGAUGAUCUGAUGGUCCAAUGUGAAAGGGUGCAAGGACUGGAACGAGAGAAGCGUAAGGUUUCAUUUCAGGGUGUUGGAAAAACUCUAGGUGGUAGCAACGACGGCAGUGAAAGUAGCUCGCUGAUGGCUCCAGAUUCUACCUCCAUUCCUAUCCAAACCAUCCAAUCCGGAUCAGCAGCACAAGCACCAUCUCAAAGUCUUGAAAUAGAUGAAACCGUUCCAACAACAUCGAUCCAGCUAAGACUAGCUGACGGGACACGCCUGGUGGCUAAGUUCAAUCACCAUCACACGAUCAACGACAUUCGCUCUUUUAUUGACUCAUCUCGACCUGGAGCUCCAGUGACCUACCAGUUUCAGGCAAUGGAAUUCCCACCAAAGCCCUUGACUGAUCUCAGACAGACCAUUAAGCAAGCCGGUCUCGCCAACUCUGUUCUUCUUCAGAAAUUCGAGAACUUUCUACAAGGGUCGGUGUUCUUUUGGGUCUAUAUAUGUAAGUUUACUUCUUGGCUUUGUAUAGUUUACAACAUAAAUGGUGUCACUUGUGGUAUAGUUUUCACUUAAUUUGUGGAAAAUAAAUUUCGUCUUUUAUACAUCAUUUUUAGGAACAGUAUACAUUUGUUAGUUUGGUAAGAGCAUAUCUUUGCUGUGUUU